GAAAUCAGACACUUUUGGGCGGCGUUCGUUUGGACUUUCUCCAAAUUUCCCUCCCACUGCCAAAUUCAUAGCUCGAAGAGGAAAAGUUGCACACAAUUUGAAAGUGUUGAGGGCACAGCGGAAGUGAGCUCGGAGAAAAGGCGACAGGAACAGAAGCCGGAGUCCAGCAUGAGUGAGGACAGACCUGAGGUGGAGCUCUUCGUGAAGGCAGGGAGCGAUGGGCAGAGCAUUGGGAACUGCCCGUUCUCUCAGCGGCUCUUCAUGGUCCUGUGGCUGAAAGGCGUGACCUUUAAUGUGACCACCGUGGACAUGAAGAGGAAGCCAGACAUUCUUAAAGACCUGGCUCCUGGGGCUCAGCCUCCUUUCCUGCUGUACGGCACAGAGGUGAAGACGGACACCAACAAGAUAGAAGAGUUCCUGGAGGAAAGCCUCUGCCCUCCUAAAUACCCACGGCUGGCAGCUCGCAAUCCUGAGUCGAACACCGCCGGUCUGGAUGUGUUCUCAAAGUUCUCCGCCUACAUUAAGAAUUCGAACCCGCAGCUGAACGACAAUCUGGAGAAGGGUUUGCUGAAGGCCCUGAAGAAGCUGGAUGACUACCUGAGCUCUCCUCUGCCGGACGAGAUCGACGAGAACAGCGCUGACGAUGUCACUUCCUCCUCCCGCCCCUUCCUGGAUGGUCAGGAGCUCACUCUGGCCGACUGCAACCUGCUGCCCAAGCUCCACAUCGUCAAAGUGGUGUGUCAGAAGUUUCGAGGUUUCUCCAUCCCUCGCUCGCUGACGUCUCUGUGGCGAUACCUGGAUGUGGCGUAUGCCCGAGAGGAGUUCUCCUCCACCUGUCCCAGCGAUGAGGAGAUACACGUGGCCUACUCCUCCGUCGUGAAGGCGCUCAAAUAGAAAGAAGGAAACACACACACACACACACACACACACACAGUCGCACACUCAUGUGCGUUAUUACCAAUUCUCUUUCCAGAUUGUCCUAGUGUUUCAAUUGGUUCCUGUAUGUUCCUGAGGUUGUUUGCACUGGCUGAGGUCUCACUUUUCAACUAAACGUGGUCUCAUGCUGCCUUCACAUGCUCUCAGAAUUAUCGCAAAUACGAGUUUCCUAGAAAAAAAGUGCGCAUGAAUGCCAUUUGAUGUCAUGUUUACCAGUGGGAAGUUCGGAAAUAUCUUUAAUCUUUAAUCUUGUUUUGUCAUUAAAGUAGUAGGUUAUUUAAAUAUGAAUAAUCAUUUGAAGCAUAUUAUACAUUUUAUAUACAGCGAAAAUAGCAUGUGUUUCACCAAUAUUCCAGAAUAGAAUAGAAUAGAUAGUGCGGUAAAACUAUACAGUGGGAAACUAUUUCCAUUUCAGUCCGAAAGCAACCUUAACUUGUCUACAUUAUGCCUUUGUUGUGAAUGUGAUUAUAAACAAUGGCAUCCUCAAUUCAUUCUGACAACAGAGCACCUGAACACAACAAGCUCGUAAUCACGACUUAAAAAGAGGGAAUUAUCAAAUGUCCAAUAGCACGUGAAGGCAGCAUUAUAGUUCAUAUUUCUUUAAAGCAGCUGAACUGCAAGGUCAAGGUCAUUUCUGUGGUUAUACACAUCGGCAGCCUGCAGCGAUACAUUACAAAAUAUCAUCAAAUGUUUUACAGGCAGCAAUAGUGGUUGUGUUUCAGUAUUUUUCACUGGUUUAUGGACGAGUGCAUUGCUAGCAGUUACAAACAGGAUGUUGUUGCCUCAUUCCUGCCAUUACUGUCCCUCUCUCUCGCUGUGGCAUAGAGUCGGUAAUGACAGCUUUUCGCUCACGGCUGCUUUGGUCACGUACAUUUCAUAAGCUGGUUUUCAAGCUGCUCUUUACAUUCCAUUGACUCAUAUGUUACAAAAUCAUGGAGGUAUCAUAAAAGUACUCCAAAGGAAUCAUGUGUAAAGUUUCAUACUUUAUGCGAGAAGUAAAAACUGAAACUCUUUUCAAUCAGUUACUGGCCCCAAUCGACAGUCUCAUCUUGUAGCUAUAUGAUAUGAUGUACUGUAGAAUAUUCUUCCAUCUCUAAUUAUGACUGUCGACGUCCACAUUGAAAACACUCUUAUUUAUUGCCUGGAGAGAGUUAUGAAAUACAUGCACAUUUGUUGUCUUCUGAAAAAGAGGAAACCAGUGACAGUAACAACUGCUGCCUUUUUUAAGUUGAUUCAGCCUGUUUCUAAGAUGACCUUACCAAACUAUUUUUAUAUCUAGUGUCAUGCUUUAUCCCCAGUCCUCUCCCCGUGCACUUCUGUUUUCACUUCCUCUUAACCACUCAAUGGUCAUUUCCAAAUCUUACUCUGCACACAAAUGGACAACACGGCAUCAGUGCAAAUAUUGAUUAGUGAGGAUUUUAUUGAUUAGAGGGAUGUUACAACAAAGUCAUUUUCUUUCUGCAUUUCUAAAAUUGUUAUUCAGCAAUACAGUUUAUAAUAAAGUUAAAAUAAAAAAUUGAAAUGUUGAGUACAUUGUUUCUUGAUCCUUCAUGUUUAGAUAGUUCAGGUUUAAUAUAAUAUAUAUUGUUUA